GGGUGGUAAAAUCACAUCAGUAUUUGCUUAAAAGUGCCUUGUUCAAUUGAACUGGUAUUUGAUCAGUAUUUUUGUCAAACAGACACUGGAAGAGUGUCCAGUGCCUUCCCAUUACUCACAGUAAAUCACAGAAGUACAGAACAAAUACACAUGUAUUUCUAAACCAAUAAUAGCAGACUAUUCUUAUGACUGCCUUCAGAAAUAACAGUUUUCCAAAUGUACGACUCAUACAUGACUUAAGAAUCUAAUGUGAGAUUUCAGCUCAUGAAAUUUCAGAAAUGCUACAGUGAUUUGGUACAUUUUUGUUAUUGUUCUAAUGGAAACUUGAAUGUCAAAAUAAAUAAAAAAAAAUAAAUGAUAAAAACCUUGAAAAAGUAAAUAUCGGAAAAGAAAAAGCCCAUUUUGCUUUGCAACCUAUCACAAAUAUGCACUGCUCCACUUCUACUACUAAUAUGCUCCUCUGCUAGGUCAACUGAUGAGCAAGUGAUAAUCAGGAUGAGAAACAGAGAUGGUUAAGAAGCUGUCUACAGCUGAUGUUAUGCUUCUGGUAUGUUAAGAAAAACCCUGCUUUACAAAUAGCAAAGUGAAAAUGAAGAAAAGGAGAAGGUUCAGUAAGUCAUCUUUCUCUUUCGAUAUCUGAGUCUUAGGCAAAAGGCAAAUGGCCACAUUUUUCGCUGAUUCAACAGUCCACUCUGUGUAUCAAGUACUUGUUCAACCUUCCUGAAGAGAAAUGCCUAGAGAUUUGGGUCUGUAAAUAUCAGCUGCCAGUUGAUCCACAUGGGAGAAGCUCUUAUUUCACUUCUUAUUUUCACUUAUGAAGUCAGCACAGACAUGGGCUAUGCUUCUGCUGAAAUGAGGCUGAAAAGAGUUCUGUUCCCUGCAAGCUGAGCAAGGAAAAAUAUAAAAUCCACAUCAUUCACGGUAUGGUUUCACUUGGAGUACUUUGGAAAGAGUGCAGAAGAUAUUUUGCUGCAUGCACACCAUGGAUACAGGAACGAUGCUUGUGUUUUCUUGCUUUCAGGUUUUUCCAAGUUCCAGAGCACAGGAUGUUUUAUUUCAACACACUAAAAAUCCAGCAAACAUCCUGAAAGCCCCUAAACCAUGAGCUGGGAUCAGUUAAAAAUCAUUAUUGGGCCCUGAGCAGCUUGUACCUUAAAUAAGGGUUAUUAGGUGCAACACUGCAAAUUCUCUCCCUUUACUCAUUUACAAAGACCGUUUUCAGCUGCUGAUACCUUAGGAAAGGUUGGCUUUUAGACUAUCUGCAAAAGAGAGAUUGCAAUGUAUGCUUUACCUUGAAGGCAAGAGCAGUGAACUCCAUUUGUUAAACAAAAGCAUCCACUAAUUUGUGGGAAUAAGAUAAGUAAUAAAUUCAAAUAUUUGCGGAAUAUUUUGUAAUUUGUUUAGAGGACAGAACCUCAAUAAAUUAAAUAGAACUUCCUUUAUAAACCGAAAAACUUGUUGGUAUCUGCCGAUAGCUUUGUUUUGGAGAGGAACUUAUUUGCAGUGGCAUUAACAGACACAUAGCAAAAAGGUAAUAGGUUUCACAAUAAAAAUGUAGCCUGUGAAAUGCACUGCUUGUACUUUCUUGCAGGCAGCAGAAACUUGACUGCCAGUGAAAUCCUACAAAAAGCUUAUUUGCUUAGGAACGAUGUAGUCUGCAUUGCCUACCCUGACAUCUUGCUAGUAAUUCAGGAUGACGGUGGGAGAAGGAUUAAGCUCACAUUUCCUUUACACAUCAGCUGUGCCUCACGCUGAUGCACAAAUCUGUUUACAGAGAAGGAAGCACAGGCCUAAAUCUGAGCCAUUAACAGCACUCACACAGUAGAAGUAUUUAGAGUCACCGAAUGAAACAAUGAAUGUUCGAACUACAAUCAGGAAAACAGUUAUACAUUUAUUAAUUUUUUAAAAAUCAGAUCUUUUAUCUUUCUUCAACACAAAAACUAAAGCCAAGUUAUUUUCCUUCUCUCAAUUUCUGAGAGCAAAAUGUGCCUCACAAGCUGCGCAUUAAGCAAUGGGGCAAAUGGAUGUAGGUCCUUGCCACACCUUAGAACUAUGGCAUUUAUUAGUAUUAAGCUUCUUCCCUUAUCCAGCAAGAGGUUCUUACUUGCACCUCCGUGCUCGCGUUGCACACAGACUUGUUGCUGUCAGCUUCACUCCAAGUCACACAGCGCCGCCUGACGUCCUCAAAAAGCAACAAUUUCUACAAUUGUUUUCUACUAUUUGUGAAGCCACGGAGAAGCCAAAACCUCAACGUUACGGGACAUUGCUUCCCACGUCUGCUACAGAAAGGGUCGCUGGAAUGACUUGCCUCUGCUUUCAUCAAAAUAACCCUAAUAUCUCGUGCAUGAAGCGACGAUCUCAGAGUCAAUCGUUGCUGCUCCUGAUGGAGCCGCUGGCCGGGAACUCUGUGCAAACGUUGUAUCAGUGCUCAGCAGUAUGAAACCCCCAAAUAUUGCGCUGGAACUGCAAGAAGGGCAGCACGGAACAAAGCAGAGAACACCGUAGGUGCGUCUCCUGUUCAUCCGCGCCUUGUGCUUCUUGUCCCUGCACACCAAAAUGUUGCCGUUGAAAUUGGAGAGGGCCCAGCAACAGGCAGCAAGGACAGUCACGGCUGGGACCUGCUUCAGCGGCGGAGCUGCAGAAAGAAAGAGUGCUCCGCGGCUCCUUGUCUCGACUGAAGGAAAAUCGUCUUUAACCAAACGGGGACGAACGCGCGAGCUCCUCCGCCGGACUCGCGGGCAGACGGCGCCACCUGCUGGCCGUUCGCGGCGGGCCGGGGCUCGACCCGGAUGACGGGCGGUGCCCGCCAGCCCCGCGCCGCCGCCGCCACCAUGAGCUUCGCCGCGCUGCUGCGGCUCCGCGGGCCGCGGCUGCUCCGGGCCGUCCUCCGCCCGCAGCGCUGGAGCCGGCGGCGCGGCGGCAGCUGCGAGCCUCCGGCGGGCGCCGCGGUGCGCAUCGGCUGCGCCUCGGGCUUCUGGGGGGACACGGCGGCCGCGGUUCCGCAGCUGCUGUACGGCGGGAAGCUGGAUUUCCUCGUCUUCGAUUACCUCUCCGAGAUCACCAUGUCGCUGCUGGCGGCUGCCAAAGCCCGCUCUCCCGUGCUGGGUUACGCUCCGGAUUUCGUCUCCGCUGCCAUGGCUCCGUACAUAAAAGAUAUUCACAGGAAAGGUGUUCGUGUCAUCAGUAACGCGGGUGGGAUCAACCCUCUGGCUUGUGCGGCCGCUCUGCAGGAGGUGGCAGAGAAGGCAGACGUUGAUUUGAAAAUAGCUGUUAUUACUGGAGAUGACCUAAUGAGUGAGAAAGAGAACCUAAGAGGAGCUGGCAUCACUGAUGUGGAGAGUGGCAAACCAUUUCCAGAGAGUGUUCAUAGCAUGAAUGUGUAUCUUGGGGCAAGACCAGUAAGCAGAGCUCUUGACCUUGGGGCUGACGUUGUAAUCACUGGUAGAUGCGUCGACAGCGGGAUUGUAUUAGGGCCACUCAUUCAUUCUUUUGGCUGGAAUAGGGAUGAAUUUGACUUGCUAGCUGCAGGAAGCCUUGCAGGUCAUCUUAUUGAAUGUGGUGCUCAGUGUACUGGUGGAAUAUUCACUGACUGGCAUUUGGUACCAGACUGGCACAACAUAGGCUUUCCCAUUGUAGAGUGCUCUUCUGAAGGAGACUUCAUUAUUUCCAAACCACCGGACACAGGGGGGCUGAUCUCCUUUGGCACUGUGGCUGAACAGCUGGUGUAUGAAGUGGGCAAUCCUCAGCGCUACCUUUUACCAGAUGUCACCUGUGACUUUUCUCAAGUUUCCAUCACUGAAAUUCCAGGUUUUGAAGGUGGUGCAGUGAAAGUUCAUGGAGCGAAAGGAUCACCUCCUUCAGCGUUUUAUAAGGUAAGUGCCACUUACCUUGAUGGUUUCAGAGCUACUGCUGUCUGUCCAGUGGGAGGUCCGAAGGCUGUACAAAAAGGAAAACUCACUGCUGAAAGUAUUCUCAAAAGGACACGUCUCAUUUUCAGUCAGCUUGGGUACGAAGAUUACAGUGCAGUUAACAUACAGGUUUUAGGGUCUGAAGAUACAUAUGGGCCGCACGCUAGAAGGAGUAUAGAUGGUCAGGGUCCUCGAGAAGCUGUUAUUUGGCUUGCAGUACAUCAUAAGCAAAAAGAAGCUUUAGAAAUCUUCUCCAAAGAGAUUGCACCAGCUGGAACUGGCAUGGCACCUGGCCUCACUGGAGUUAUUGGAGGGCGCCCUAGAAUAUCUCCAGUUUUGAAGCCAUUUUUCUUCCAUUAUCCGAAGAGCAAUGUCCAGAUCAACUUAUUUCUAAAUGGUCAGUAUGUUGAGACAUUUGAGGAGGAUCUCACGUUUACAUCAGAUGAGGCUGUUUCCUUUGAUCCACCCAAGAUUAACGCUGAAUUGAAAGAUCUGCCAAGUGGUCACCAUACCUACCGCCUAGAGGAUCUUGCCUAUACUAGAAGUGGAGACAAAGGCAACUCUGCAAACAUAGGUGUCAUAGCACGGCAUCCUUUGUAUUAUCCAUAUCUAAAGAAAACUUUAACUGCUCAAGCCUUGGAGAACUACUUUGAACACCUUUUAGAGCGAGAAAAACCUGAAGAAGAGCUGGUUUCAAGAUAUGAAUUGCCAGGAAUCCAUGCAUUAAAUUUUGUUUUGAGGAAUUCCCUUGGUGGUGGUGGUGUAGCAUCCCUAAGGAGUGACCCACAGGGCAAAGCACUUGGGCAGAUGCUGCUGGAUUUCCAGAUUAAAAAUGUUCCUGAUUUAAAAUCAUUGAUAGAGUAACAGAUGCUUGAUACAUACGUUUUUUUAACACUUUUGAGUAAUAUAAAAAUGUCAUAAGGAAGAACUGGGUUUCUGAGUCACAGAAUCACAGAAUGGACAGGGUUGGAAGGGACCCUAAGGAUCAUGAAUCUCCACCCCCCCUGCCACAUGCAGGGCACCAACCUCCCCAUUUAAUACCAGCCCAGGCUGCCCAGGGCCCCAUCCAGCCUGGCCCUGAACACCUCCAGGGAUGGAUGGGGCAUCACAGCCUCUCUGGGCAGCUGUUCCAGCACCUCACCACUCUCUCUGUAAAGAACUUCCCCCUGACAUCCAAACCUCAAUCUUGCCUCCCUCAACUUCAAACCAUUUCCCCUUGUCCUGCUGUUAUCUACCCUUUCCAAGACUCAGACUUAAGUCACCGCAGAAAAUCAGCGACAGUUCUCUCUCAGAGGCUUUGCUAUAUGGUACAAAUUAAUAACUGCUUUGAGUCAUGCCAGACUAAUAGCUCCGUCUGUGACUAAUAACAUUUGAUGGAGAAUUAAUUUAUUUCCUGUAAAAUAGAAUUAAACAAAUUGCAACGUAACAUUUAAUUACGAGACAAGAUACAGUCUUUAUUCCAAGAUGAAAAUUACCUCCUGUUCCAUUCAUCUCUUUUCCUUCUCUAAACCUUUAUUUGAAAAUUAAAUGGACCAGUAUAGUUGAGCUCCUGUCAGCAGUCUUUGUCCUGUGUGUCGAGUGAAGCUAGACAACCUGCUGUGCAUCACCAUGAAGUUAGCACUGCCUGGCACUGGAGAACAGCUUUCCCUAAUGGGCCGUGAAGAAGUUUAGUAAUCGUUACUACUGUGUAGCGACCAGCAGUAAAUGCAGCCCUUUGGUGGUGAUCCAUCAACUUUCCAGCUCUUUGUCCAAUUAAUGACAGAUUUAUCUAUUACUUCCAGCAUCUUUCUAAUGAAUGGCUUAGGUUGGAAGGGACCUUCAAGAUCCUCGAGCUCCAGCCUCCCUGCCAAGUCCAUCUAUCAGUCGAAAAGGACUAACCAAUGAAGCGCUCUCUUGUCUCUGUUCCGACUCCAGUUAUCACCUCUGCAUUUCCCUUUCUCCAUCCACCCUUUUCCCCUGCUGCAAUAUAUUACUAGUCUAUCCAAAUUAGGGUACUGAGAACUUUUUCACUUGAUUAAGCGGAGACUCCCAAGAUCUAUGUCAGUUCCUGUGGCACUGUCAGGAUAGAAAUUCUGGCCCAAAAAUUAGCUCUGUUUCUUCUGCAGAAGCCAUACAAAUAUUACUCUGCACAUUCCAACAUUUCAGAAAUGAAUCUUCCCUUUUAUUUGGGGAAGACCGUACUAAUAGUAUAAGAAAAAAUGAUGAAAAUAAGUAUUUGGUGAACUUCACUGAACUGCUUUCCUGAAUCUCACACUGUGCUACCAUUAUUACUAAUUUCCUAGCCCCUUGCUUGCUAAUGAGGAUUAUACAACAAAUUGUUCCCCUUUUCUCUGUGGCUUUAACUUGAAGGUAUAAGCAAGAGCUUUAUCCAUCUCAACACAUUAGCCAGCUGUAGAUGCUACCUGUGUAAUACGGUUCAUGGAAGGUGUUCUGAGAAAUGGAUUGUCACUUCAUUGCAGAAAAGCGUGCAACUUCAUAUGUUUCUGCUGAUUUUCAUGUUUACAUUCAUUGCUCAUUUAGAAAACUGUUGUUAAUCUGGAAGCCUUUUACCCCAGCAAAAUACACAAACAUAUUGAGAGGAAAUUAAAAAUAAAAAGCUGAUAGACCUCAGUGGCAAACCUGCGGAGAUGAGAAAGGCAAUGGUGAAUAUAUGCAGUUUAUUCAGUGUGCUGCUUAAGGGACUGUAAAUGUGUAUGCAGCUGUUUUGGAAUUAAAGUAUACAUUUCUAAGUAUAAAUUUGUUAGAGUCAUUUUAA